ACUCUCACAUCUUCUCUCGUUUUCUUCGUUGUGCGAACCGUUGCGUUCUUCCGUACAGUUCAUUUUUAGCCGCACAAGAGCAAGCUCGAAGCAAAAAUUCACAGUGUAACACUUGUUAAAUAGUUUCAACAAAAAACACAUUCAAAUAUGUCUGAUAAGCCAAAACGCCCACUGUCCGCCUACAUGCUGUGGCUCAACAGUGCCCGCGAGUCGAUCAAGCGCGAGAACCCCGGAAUCAAGGUCACCGAGGUGGCCAAGCGCGGUGGCGAAUUAUGGAGGGCAAUGAAGGACAAGUCUGAGUGGGAGGCCAAGGCUGCUAAGGCCAAGGACGACUACGAUCGGGCCGUCAAGGAGUUCGAGGCCAAUGGUGGCAGCAGUGCUGCCAACGGUGGUGGAGCCAAGAAGCGCGCGAAACCAGCGAAAAAGGUGGCGAAGAAGAGCAAGAAGGAGGAGUCCGACGAGGACGACGAUGAUGAGAGCGAGUAGACUGGCUCAUCCCCACCCGAAUCCAUCACCAAGUCACACACAACCAGCCAGAAUCCCCCGCAAGCAAACAAGAACACUGGUGGCAACACCACAUCCAAACAUCAGCAACCACUGUCCCCCUUAAUAGAAUACAAAGCCGCCAAGCCCGAUCAUCUCAUCGACAGCUUCAACAACGAGAUCUGUUGAACGUUGUAUCCACAAUCACACACGCGAGAGAACAAAAUACGCGAUAAUAAGCAAAAUUGUAUUUAUACACACGAGUUUUUAAGUUUAUAGUAGUGGUUUCUUCUAUAAUGCCCAUAUACAAAGAAGAGGAUAACCGACAGGAAAGGAGAAGAAAUAAGAUUAGCAGGAUGUGCGUUGAGGUGUUUUUUUUUUUCGAUCCUGCGGCGUUUCGCCUGGAAUUGAAGAGGAAAGUAGUCCCCUUUGCAUAUAAAUUGUGUAAAGUUAACGAUAAUUCCAUUAUAAAUAAAAAGAUACAAACAA